GAGACUGCAAUGGAUCCCUCAUCUACUGGCAUCCAAGAGCCCUUUGAUUUAAUCCGUCUGUCGCUGAGCGAACGUGUCUAUGUAAAACUAAGGGGCGACCGUGAGGUAACGGGGAUUCUCCAUGCUUAUGAUGGGCAUAUGAAUCUGAUUUUGAGCGAUGUUGAAGAGACAAUAAUGAUCGUUGACGUGGAUGCUCCUCUCGAAGAGCGCAGGGCUGUCAAAAUGGCGAAGCGAAAAAUGGAAAUGUUGUUUGUCAGAGGCGACGGAGUGAUUCUGGUUUCCCCACCGUCGCGCACAUGAGUAGGAUGGUAGAGCAGCAAGGCUUGGGCAGCGAGCAGAUUGAUGCCAUGUGCACUGAUCCACAUUGCCAAUAUAUAUUUUAUGGCAGACAGCUCAGCCUAUCACAUAUUGAAACUCUUGGGAUUGCAGUUGUGUUUCGAUGGUCCGGGGCGAGGUACACUCAAGUGAAAAAAUGUGGAGUAUUGGUACAGGCCAUAUCAAUAAUUAACUUCAUUGAAACAUCAUCGUCCAAAGUGCGCUGCUGUAAACGGUAUGCCGGUGAUAGAAGACUUCCUGGCAUACCGUUGGAGCAGAUAGCAGGUGGAAGUG